AUGGCUUCAGUAUCCAAACUAUUGUUCAUCUUUCUCUUUUCCAUCUUCACUUUAUGUCCCAUUUCAAGCAACAGCCAACACCCAUUAGACUCUCUGAGCCCAGAAGAGCUGAUCCUAAUCAAAACCAUUAUUAACGACUCAUUGUCUUCCUCAACCAACGCGUUAAAUUUCCACUACGUAGGUUUAGAUGAACCUGAAAAAACAGUCCUCCUUUCAUGGCUAUCAAAACCCACCAACCAAACCCUACCACCUCGACGAGCCCUAGCCAUCACUCGAAUCAAUAAACAAACCCAUGAAUUUAUAAUCGACUUAACAAAGCGUUCGAUCAUAUCUGAACAAGUGUAUAAUGGAAAUGGCUACCCUACACUUGCUUUAGAUGAACAAAUAGAAGCAAUCCAAUUGCCAUUAGAAUAUGAGCCAUUUAAAGAAUCAGUUAGAACGAGAGGCCUGAACUUAUCUGCUGUUGUUUGUUCUACAUUUACAGUAGGAUGGUUUGGAAAAGUUAGGAAUGCAAGGGUGGUAAAACUACAGUGUUUUCAUAUGGAUGACACUGUUAAUAUGUACCUUCUUCCAAUGGAAGGGAUUAAAAUAGUAGUUGACCUUGAGGAAAUGAAAAUUGUUGAGUACAGUGACAGGUUAAAGAUUCCAGUUCCAAAAUCUGAAGGAACAGAUUAUAGACUAUCCAAGCAAAAGCCUCCUUUUGGUCCGCGAAUGAAUCGAGCAGCUAUCAUGCAACCUGAUGGACCUGGCUUCGAGAUUGAUGGUCAUACUAUCAGAUGGCUUAAUUGGAAUUUUCAUCUAUCAUUUGACGCACGAGUUGGUCCAAUAAUAUCUCUGGCAUCCAUUUACGAUCCAGACAAAGGCAAGCAUCGCAGUGUAUUAUACAGAGGACAUAUAUCUGAGCUAUUUGUUCCAUACCAAGAUCCAACAGAGGAAUAUUACUUCAAAACAUUUUUUGAUUGUGGAGAAUUUGGGUUUGGUCAAUCUUCAGUUUCAUUAGUUCCAUUAGCAGAUUGCCCUAACAAUGCAGUUUUCAUGGAUGGGUACUAUGCUGGACAAGAUGGCAAACCAGUUAAAGUACCAAAUGUAUUUUGCAUUUUUGAAAGGCAUUCUGGUGAUAUCAUGUGGAGACACACUGAAUUAGGCAUUCCAGGAGAAGUGAUAAUAGAAUCAAGUCCUGAAGUGAGUCUGGUAGUGAGGAUGGUUGCCGCAAUCGGAAACUAUGAUCAUACACUUGACUGGGAAUUAAAGCCUAGUGGUUCUAUCCAUGUCAAGGUUGGUCUAAGUGGAAUUCUAGAAGUCAAGGCAACGGCAUAUACACAUUCAGAUGAGGUAAAAGAGGAAAUUUACGGUACAUUCUUAGGAGAAAAUAUGAUUGGCUUGUACCAUGAUCAUUUCUUUACCUACCGUCUUGAUCUUGACAUUGAUGGUGUUGAGAAUUCAUUGAUUAAAAAGAAUUUGGUAACGAAGACUACUGUGAUGGAAAAUAGUACACCAAGAAAGAGUUAUUGGACAGUGGUUAGUGAAACAGCUAAAACUGAAUCUGAAGCAAAAAUUCAAUUAGGCAUGGAGCCUGCAGAAUUAGUGAUUGUGAAUCCGAACAAGAAGACAAAGCCUGGGAACAGUCACGGUUACCGGUUGAUACCUGACCAUGCAGCUCAUCCACUUCUGCUAGAAGAUGAUUAUCCACAAGUCCGAGGGGCUUUCACUAAAUAUAAUGUGUGGGUUACUGCAUAUAAUAAAUCGGAAAAAUGGGCUGGUGGGAAGUAUGUCGAUCAAAGCCAUGGUGAAGAUACAUUAGCUGUUUGGAGUUCGAUGAAUAGAGAGAUAGAGAACAAGGACAUAGUAUUAUGGUGUGUGUUAGGAAUUCACCAUCUGCCUUGCCAAGAAGACCUUCCGGUGAUGCCAACAUUGAGCAGCGGAUUUGAACUUCGACCGACCAAUUUCUUUGAAAGAAGUCUUGUGUUGAAGGUUAUACCUCCUAAACCUGUAACUUCGCCUAAUUGCAGUGCUAAUCAUGCUUAGUCGACCUGCUUUUGCUUUCAGG